AUGACGUCUGACGGCACAUCGAAUCAAAAGUGUCCACAUUGCGAGAAGGGAAGAGGCAUUGUUCCUUGCAUUGGAUGUCAAAAUGUUUUUUGUUUGACUCAUUUCAAACAACAUCGUGAAGAAUUAUCGAUUGAAUUUGAACAAAUAGUUAGUAAACGCAAUACAUUUUAUCAAACUUUAGAUCCGAUAUUUCAAGAUAAGAAUUUUGCGAAUAUUGAUGUACUGAAUCAGGUUGACCAAUGGGAAAAAGAAACGAUUAAGGAAGUGAUGGACAUAGCCAAUGUCACUCGUCAAAAUAUUCAACAACAUAUCAAAGACGUAAAAAAUAUUAUGAAGAAGCGAAUGGAUGAUAUAACAAUGGAACUUCAAGAGAGAAUGGAAAAACAAAAUUAUGUUGAACAUGAUAUCGAAUUAUUAAAUUUUAGUGUGGAAAAAUUACGUAAAGAUAUUGAAGACAUGGCAAAUAUGAAUAAUAUACAUAUUCAAAUCGAAAAAAUUGAUUGGCAGUCAAUAAUAGCAGUCUUAAAAGAUAGAACUGAUGCUCCCAAAAUAGAAAAACAAUUAGAGCCGUUAAAUGUUAAUCAAAAUGUCGAUAAACCAUCGUUAUUAAAACCUAAAACUUAUUCUUCAACACCACAUAAAUGUCAUACAUGUGGUAUUGAAACAUGGCAAAAAAAAAUUGCUCAUGUUGUGGACAUUUCUUGUGUGGUUGGCAUUCAAAACGACAUCGUGCAGGAAAACAGUGACAUAAGAAGAAAAAAAAACAAGUUUUAUUAA